AUGGAGCUAGAUGAUGAGGAAGACGAACAGCGACUGCUCGACGAUGGAGAAGAUGAAGAAGAGGACGGCAGGCCACAAGGAUGGGAGGAGGGAGGCGUUUCGUACGUCCAGCCGACGUGGGGCGGCCCGCGAUCCACCUCCCAUUUGUCCUCGCGCGGAUCGUUGCAUUCUACGCGUAGGGGCUGGGCCACUUCUUCAUCCUCUUCCACUGCCCCUCCCUCCUUCACCUCCUCUACUGCCGUCACCUACUACGCCUCCCCGCCCACCUCCACUACUCCCGCCUCAUCCUUCACAUCCCGACGUAGCGCUGGGCUGGGCGCCUCCACCACUUCAACCGCCGCAUCUGCUCCCAGGCACCAGCCACAUCCACCGCCCCACACGCGUCCCAGCGGCAGCGACCUGGCCCUGCGCUGCGCCUACUCGUACGCCACAGACGACGAGUCGCCAGUGCCGCAGCCGACGGCCGACGACGAAGGCGACGUGUGGGUGGUGGGCGACGUGCGCGACGCCUACAGCACCCCGUACGGCAACACGCCCUCGCCCACUGCCGCCGCCGCGAGUGGUGGCGGCGACGACGGUGUCGAGUGGCGGCGGGAUCCCUACGCGUACUGCCUCGACGGCGACGAACCGGGUCGGCAGAUGGGCUACGUAUCGGGCGGACGCGGUGAGGGCCGCAAGGGCCGGAGCGCGCCGGGGAUGGCGUCGAUGGCGACGACGACGAUGGCAUACGGUGGUGGCGGCCACGCGGCUGAGGGUGGUGGCGGUGGUGCGACGAAGAAGCCCGAGCGACGGAAGCUGAGUCUGAGCGCGACGCUGAACCAGAAGACGUCGUACGACGGCGAGUGCGAACGCGAUUGGAACGCGCUGCUGCAGUCCAUUCUCGAACUGCACGAGGACACGCUCGAACGCCGCGCCAAGAAAGUCAAAGAAUUGCAGCGACUGUGCCUGGACUUCAGCGAGGUCGUGUGUCGGUUCGGCGAGCUGAUCAUCCGUGAGAUCGUGCUCGAUGACGACGAUAAGACGCUCAAGCCUGUGAGACCGUCAGACGGCACGUUUGGCGUGGCCGGCGGAGACAAGUACAUUGUGGCGGGCUGCUUCUUCAAGUUCCUCACCGACCGGCACGGCAUCUACGACGGCGACGAGUUUGCCAUGAAGUCUGGCAACGCUGAGCUCAGAGGACUAAAGGCCAUGUCGGCACUGGGCAUACCCGAGCUCUGCUUUCCAUUGGUGGCGAUUGUCGAUUUCAGGGGCUAUCGCCUGUUGGCCUCUUCUCGCCUCCCGCUCGGCACCGACACACUCAAAUACGGAAGUGCGGAUGCCGGGCGACAAUUCCACAGCUCGGUGGGUCGGAUCAACUCGCUGAUGAAGCGCGUCGGGCACUCGCUCAACCUCAAGGCCCACAAGCACCCCAUCGACGCCGCAGAGAUCUACGGCCCGUGCGACAUUGAGGUCCAUGUUGGUCGCGAUCGCCGCGUCUACGUGGUCGACGCGGCGCGACUGAUGCCGCCAUCGGCCGGGUUCGACCGGGGCAAAGUGGUGCUGGUUCCGGCGGACGCUGCCAGCGCGUUGGAGGUGCUCGAGUUUCACCUGGACAAGAAGACCAACCUCUACGUCGCAGUCGCACAGUGGUUCGAGCAGCGGUUCCGACGCAACUCCUCAGCGACUGUCACGCUGAUCUAUCGACGGCUCGAGGAGUACGACGCCGUGAUCGUGUUUCAGAAGAUGGCGACCGAGACGAACGAACGCGCCACCCAUUUUGCGCAGCACUCCAUCCGAGGCGACGCCAUCAUCGUCAAAGGGGCGCGAGGGCAGUGGCUUUACAAUUUUCUGCGACCGGAGGCGGUCAAGAGCGGGAAGCUCCCGCUCAACAGCGAUUCACUGUCAGGAUUCCCCACGCACGACCACACAGACAAUCAGGAGGUCGAAGAUGCCACCUACUACCUGCUCAAGGUGACCAUUCCACAGCUGGCCGCCAAGCUCGACAACAGGGAGUUGGUGUUCGUGAACAGCAAGCAGUUGAUUCAGAUGGUGCACGAGCACGGCGUCAACCUCCGGUUCCUGGCCUACCUGCGCUCGCUGGUGCACAACACGUACAUCAAGCGCUUCCUGCUGUCGGAGAUGACCUCGCGCGCCAUCAAGGCCGCCCUACGCGGCAAGAUGCGUACCAUCACGGCCCACAAGAAGAAGGAGCGGAAGAAGCGGCAGCAGGCUUCGCACUACCACCCCGGCGACGAGCCCGAGGGCGACGAGGACGAGGCCUACAAGGAGGUGGCGGUCCAGUACUUCAACCUCAUCCUGGGCAUGGGCAACGAGAGCAACGAGUGCUGGCGCACCGACGUCAAGAUCCUCCUGCUGCUCAAGUACUCGCUCAUUCCCUAUAACGGCCGCGGCGCCGCAGCGGCCCAAUCGAGCGAUUGCGGUAGCACCGCCGACCCGACCACGGCCGCGGCCGCGGCCAUCGAGGGCGACCAAGACGCCAAGCAGAGUUCCCUGCUGGACAUCGAGCACCUCAGCAACUACCACUUCCGCGAGCAGAUCGGCAGCAAACUGAUGCUGUUUCAGAUGCUGCAGAAGUACACGGGCAUCAAAUUCGACCAUGAGACGCAGCAGCUCUUCAUCGCCGAUCCCACGCAGUUCGAGCAGGAGUGCCCCUUCUCGCUCUACGAUGUACAAAUCACGCCCUGCAUCAAGACCAUCCAAUACGCCGGCAAGUUACCCGAUUUACUGCACCAGUCGUUCUCGCCGGCCGUGACCAGCCGAACGCAGCAUGUUCACACCCUCCCGCAGCCCACCAGCCACAACCGAGGCGCAGAAACGGAGGAAUUGUUCGAAAUGGAAAUGGAAAAGAGCGCGACGCAGCCAGCGUGCGGCGGCAGAGCAAAGGAAAAGCACGAGCCUGCGCCAGCCGUACCGGCGACCGGGCCGAGCUUUGGCGCGGGCUAUGACCUUCAGCGAUACGAAGAGAAUCUGCAGCUUGUCAACGAUAUUUGCGGGCACAACAGUAUCGAGGCAGUGCUGAGCAUUUUUCAAGUGGCCGAUCUUCACAGCCGGCAGGGACUUCACUUGAAGGCGCUCAAGUUGAUUCACACGGCCUGUAAGACCCUGCACGAGCUGGGCGAAUGUCCGGCCGAGAUCGUGAUCGGGUUCUAUUACCUGCUCGGCUUCGUCUACGAGCGCAUGAGCGACUACCGACGGGCAAUCCGCGCCUUCGAGACUUCACUUGAUUUCCUCGAACGCGUCUAUGGUGAUGCGAGAGAGCCCUGCGGCCGCGGGCUUGGCCAUCCGUUCGGGCUGUUGCUAUGUUCGAAGCUGGUGGACCUCACCGAGCACGAGCUCCAGUUCGCCGCCGCGUUCCGGUUCUCCAAGAAGUUCGAGGAUUUCUGGAAGAUCUUCCCGUUCCCCAUGAAGGGCGUCGCCAAUGGGCACCUCACCGAGCGCAUCUUCUUCUCCAACGAUCCGCCGCUGGCCCUCUUCGGCGCCCACAAGAAGCGCAACCUCCCCGAGGACGCCCCCACUCGGGCCUGGCUCAAGCGAGUCAACGUGUUCGACAAUUUGGGCGACGUGAUGGUAUCCACGCUGAUGCUCGGGGGCGAGGACGGAUUCUUCGACGAGUCGACCAAAGCCGAGGACGAGGACAGCAACGAUUCGACCGAGGAAGACGAGCAGACGGCCAACAACAACGGCGAAAACUCGAAUGGCGCGCCCAAGCCCUCGCUGCGACAGUCGAGCCGCAACGUGACCGCUCUGUCUUCAAAAACGGCCGUCUCGCCCACUCUUGCGGGUGGCGCUCACGGCGCUGGCGGCUCGCUGUGGCUGUGGGGCCAAGGGCGCAACGCCUCACUGGAGGGUUCGGGCUACAACCUGGAGCGUCCGUGUGUGCUGUCGGGCAUUCCCUCGCCCGUCGUCGACGUCGCCUGCAGUUCCACCCACGCCCUCUUCCUUGUCGAGUCUGGCGAUGUGUAUACGGUGGCGGACAAGCUGGUGGAGAGCAACAGCAUUCCCGUGGCGCAGCCGCACCGAAAGGGCGACGGUGCGCUCACCCCGCACCAGGUGCCGCAGUUGCAGAAGAAGGGCCGGCGCGUCAUCAAGGUCGGCUGCGCGUCGGGCUUCAACGUCGCCCUGUCGCGUAGCGGCAAGGUCUACGGCUGGGGCUCGUCCUCCCUGUUCCCGCUCCGCACCAAGGACAACCGCACCGCCACGCCGGGCAUCCCGCACACGAUCCGAGCGCUCAAGGGCAAGCGCGUGGUCGACGUUGCGUGCGGCGAGCACCAUGUGUUGUUCAUCACGGGCCAAGGCGAGGUCUAUUCGCUCGGUACCGGCGUACUGGGCGCCCUCGGGCAAGGCACAACGGUGGACCAGCUCGUGGAGCCCAAGCAGAUCUUGGCACUACAAAAGGAGCACGCGGUGCGAGCCGCGGCGGGAGAGAACUUCUCGAUGGUGCUGACGCGCGACGGGGUGGUCUACAGCUUCGGCGCGGCGGACAAGGGCCAGCUGGGCCACCCCGAUCCGCAGGACAUGCCCACGGGCUAUCCCUGCCCCAUCGACGCGCUCGCCAAGAUCAAGAUUACCAAGAUCGCUGCCGGCCACCAGCACGCCAUGGCCAUCAGCGAAUACGGGGAGGUGUACCUGUGGGGAGCGAAUGACGCCGGGCAGCUGGGCUUCGAGACGGAGGACGACGAGCAACUGGUACCACGCCACCUCCCGUUCGGCCUGCCCGUGGUCGACGCCGCCGGCGGGAAAAGCCACACCGUCAUCAUCGACCAGGCCGGCCGCGUCUACGCCUGGUAA